AUGGGGGGCGGGGCCCAACAGAGAGGGGCGGAGGCGGCCCGGGGUGGCGGACAAGGGGAGGGGCGCGGAGCCAAUGGGAGGGGGCGGAGGGGGCGGGGCCCAGGCGCGUGCCGCUGCGAGCCAGAGCUGCCAAGAGAGCGGGAGAAAGCUAGAGAGAGCCGGGAGAGGGGGGAGCGCGGAGCGAGUCAGAGUGAGCGAGAGCGAGAAGGAGGGAGAGGAGGAGAAAGAGAGCGAGAGCGAGGGCGGGCGGCAGGAGGCGGCGGCGGCAGCAGCAGCAAUAGCAGGAGCAGCAACAGAAGGCGUCGGAGCGGGCGUCGGAGCUGCCCGCUGGGGGGGAAGAGAGAGAGCGGAGAGAGAAAGAGAGCGAGCGAGGAGAGGGAGCCCGAGGCGAAAAAGUAA